CACUGAUCACGGAAAGAGCUGAAGAUGUCGGCUCGGUCAUGUGAUCAGCUGUGUCCAAUCACAGCUGAUCACAUGGCACUGAUAAUCAGUGUGCCCUGAUGAUCAGUGUAGCCCCAGCAGUGCCACAUCAAUGCCACAUAUCAGUGCCUACCAGUGCACAUCAAUGCCACAUAUCAGUGCCCAUCUGAGCUGCCUUUCAGUGUGUCACCAAUCAGUGCCAGUCAGUGCCGCCAAUCAGUGCCAGUCAGUGUCGCCUAUCAGUGCCAUGUAUCAGUGCUGCCUUUCAGUGCCCAUCAGUGAUGCCUGUCAAUGCCCAUCAGUGCUGCCAAUCAGUGCCACCUAUCAGUGUCAGUCAGUG